AGGGCGUACCAGACCAGGAGAGGCUGAGAGCGCGGAGAAGCUUUGGAGACAGUGGCGGGAUCCACAGCAUCCUGACGCACGCACGCGCUAUGGACUAACCAUUGAUCAGUGAGGGAAGAGGCACCGAGCUAAAAGCAACCACUGACAGCCACCGUCCGUGCGUCGAGCGCACUCAGUUUACUUUCUUGUUUUGUAGUUCCCACAGUCGGCGUCUGUUUUCGUACAGUUUCAAGUGUUUGUGAAUUUUUACGCGUCGAAAAACAGCUCCGGCGUCAUGAAGUUUCUCCUGUUGCCAGUUUUAGUGGCUUUUUUCGCCGCCGCUCAAGUUUUUUGCGAAGAAAACGGCCCAAAAGAAGAGCCUGACUACUGGACGAGCAGCAAUCAAAUUCAGGACGGCUGGCUUCCCAACGACCCAUUCAGAGAAAUCCUCCUGAGGAUGACGAGAAAGCCGCGGCCGCACCAGUUCAUCGGUCUGAUGGGGAAGCGCUCCAUGGCAAAUGCACAGAUCACCCGCAAAAGACAUAAAAUCAACUCUUUUGUUGGACUGAUGGGAAAAAGGAGCCAAGAGGAGCCAGAGUCUUACGAGUGGAGCACAAUACAGACGUACGACAAGCGCCGCUGAACUGCCUUCACCGGCCUCUCAUCGAGUCAUUCCUCCCUCCCACUCCCACGGGAGGGGAAACCGACGCUGGUUUUUUGUUUUCUCCCAAACUGUGUAUAGCUGUUAGUCAAAUAAAAUGAUUCUGUUUCCACAUUGUAGUGAUAUAGCAGUGCUGUACCUGUGCCCGUUUCUUUUGUCCCCAGCAGAAGGCAGUCCACAGUGCGUGGAGGGAAAAUGGUUUGAUUAUCAAUGUUAAGUGGUUUCUGUGAGCAUUUCACACCAUCUGCCACGCCACAAAGACUAAAUGUUGUUGUGGACCAUCAAAGCAAGGCUUUACCCUAGGGUAUGCUGAAAAUUGCACUGCCAAAGUCACUGCAUAGUGCCUCAUAACUGAUUAAUUGUAACUGAAUGUUGUAGAAACACAACACACUGGGACAGGCUCUCAUUUUGGUUUCCAAGUGACUUUUAGAAGAGCUGUCAUGUCCUCCACCUGGACAGAUGGUGUGAUGUGACAGGAUACCUGUGUGUGUAGUGAUUUGACAAAUAUUAAAAUUAUUUUCUUUACUGGUUGAACUUCAGCUUGCAAGUCGUGAGUUCCUUGUGAUCUUUAAAUGGGGGGAAAAAAAGAAAAAGAAAGAAAAGCGGUCUCUCUCGGAGUCUUUCAGAGUGACGAAGAGCAGACUCUGGUGGUAAACAGAGGUACUGCACUGAACACAAACUCAAAAGCCCACGUCAGUGUCAAGAGUAGAAUUUAUUUUUGAGAAACCAGCGGUAACAGAGAGAGAGAAGUCAGGACUACAGACCUGGAGACAUUGUGCCGCCUUGUUUUCUAUUAAGCUUUGAAUGUUACAUAGAGCUUAGUUUCAUGCUGUAAAAUAAAGGCCAGGCAUCACCGCUUCCGUACUGUAGUUCAUGCCAACACUUGAAGAAGGGGUAGAGGAAAUGAAUGAAAAUCAUACAUUGUAGGGAAAUUUAAUUUGUCAAACACUAAAUUCCCAUCAGCGUAGCCAGUUGUAACCUGAUAUGCAACAGGCAGCGAAACAACAGCCGAUAGUAUUAAGAUAGUAUUAAUUAGUGUCAAGUGGUUCCACUGCGCACAUGACUCACCUAUGAGAAAGUGGAAAGAUGUCCUCCGCACAAAUUGCAUAACAUACCAGUCAACAGUUAUUAUUAUUAUUUUUUUUUUUUUUUGCUUUGUUUUGUUUUUGGUGUUAGUAGCUCUGAACACUCCAUUUUAACACACAACUUAUUGAUGUCGCUAGUUACUCAUGAGGCAUCCUAGAUCCGAGAAGUAGCAGCGCGAUCCUCCUAAGAAAAACACGCAGGGUGUAGCGUUUGAGACCCACUUGAAAACAGAAAAGAAAUAAAUAUGUCCGGACGCAUCAGAAAAGAUUAUACAACAGGACCGUGGCAGGACAUUAGAGCUAUUCCGAGGACUAUUUUAUAUUAGACAGGAGCUGCUCGCCGUGCGGUCGGCUGAUUGAUACGGCAAACAACAGAAGAGGUGUUUAGUUCGAUAUCUAUCUCCAGCAAGAUUUUGGUUAUUUCUCAGAGCAGAAAAAUGAACAAGAGGCAGCCUGGAAGUUAGGACACACUCCCUAGCAAAUAUGUGCUUCAGCUGGAUAACUGUUGGCGAACAAUAAAAAAAAUAAAUAAUAAUUGAAAAAAAUACGAGCAUGGUCCUUACAACAAAAUGCAUCAAUAGACUAGACAGAUCAGUCAGACCCCAUCAUUAGCAUGUCAGCGAGGACAGGCUUGAACCGGUGGAGCUUGUCAGACGAGGCUGUAAAAGAACAAUUUCACUCACUUCAAACCCUCAACUAAUUUUUUAUCCAUCGCUCAGGCCCAGGUGACUGGUCACACAGCAGCAGUGAUGAUGUUUAGACGAUCACACCAGCACACUGCAUCAGUAAGUUUCUCCGCUUACACUCUUUUGGCCACACAGGAAAUUACUGUUAAUCAAUGACAUGAAGUAGGUUGAAUUUUAGGGGGGCUGGAGCCGUUUCAAUGAGCCUAUCAAGUGCAGUGAAGUAGUGAAGUAGUCUCAAAGGUUGUUCUCCAGUAGAUUAAGUAGAUGUAAAAGUACAUGAAUUGAAUAUUCAUAUAUUCCUCAUUAAAACAAACUGCAUGGGUUCGCUCCAGCGUCUGUUGGUCCGAGCUCCACUUCCACUCGGACGUUUCCAGAGAACGUGACCAGCUGCCAGGUGUGUUUUUCAGCCACCUGCCUCAUGAGCGUCCCACGACACAGAUGCUUGAUUAUUAUUUUUUUUAAAUCAAUACACCUCACAACUUAAGGCUCCUUUUCACUAAGAGUCCAAUUUCUUUCCGUCUUUGUGCCAGGUUCACUGACUGUCCAGCGGCUCAGGAAGGAAGCCGCCGACCUGCUGCUUUCAUCACACCGUCAGUGUUCAAGGUGGCAUUUUUUCUUUUCUUUUUUUUUUUUUUUUUUUUUUUUAAAUAUCAACAAAAGUAGCAAAUAG